AUGAACGUCGGUCUCCUCUCGAACGGGGUUUCGGCAGUCAAACAUGGUGUCUAUCGAGAGUCUAGCAAACGCUAUCGUCCUCCUACAGCAGACACCAAGCUGUUCGGCUUUUGCUGCUGGUGUGAAGCUGAACAGCUACAACGCUACCGUGCUCAAUGCUUUACUUACUACCAAAUCCACGGCCUGAACGACUCUGGCGUUCUGAAUAAUGUCUCAUUCUGUCAGGUAUACCCGAAAGUAUCAUACGGAACUGGCAACGACAGCCUGAUCUUCGCUCUGUGGCUGCCAGAUGUGCUUCAGUACGAACGCCGGUUCAUGGCUGUGGGCAAUGGUGGAAUGGCCGGCGUGAUCGACUAUGCCAGUAUGAUGACCCAGCUAAACUCCGGCUACGGCCUAGCGGUCGCCGGAGGUAAUGCCGGCCAUCUCGCAUCAGACAACAAUGCAGGAGGCGGUGCGGCGGAAACCUAUCUCCCAUAUCUGCACGAUCCAGCUCAAGUCACGGCUUGGAUCCACAAUGCUAUCAGUCUCUUUACUCCAGCUGCAAAAGCGAUGACCACGAAGCUUUCCCAAGCCGUCCUCAACUUCACCAACAACGCAGUGGUGGCUGCUUGCGACACAUUGGACGGGGUCAAAGACGGCUUGAUCGAAGACCCACUCAGAUGCAACUUCGACAUCGAGAGCCUGGUCUGUCAGAGCACGUACGGCAACCCUUCCAAUGGCAGCGUCACAUGCCUCACACCCGCUCAAAUCGCAGUAUUCAAAACAAUCUAUCAAGGACCCGUUCGUUCAGACAAUGGCUCACAGCUAUACCCCGGCUUCUGCCUGGGCAGCGAAAACCAAUGGCUACUCCAGGAAGGCGUCCUGGCAGAUGCUUUCAGCAUCCCCAUUUUGCAGAACCUCGUCUACAAUGACCUGUCGUACAACAGUAGCAACUUCAACUGGGCUUCUGACGUCACCACACUCGAUGCCAAAGCCGGCUCGUACAUCGACGAGAUCAGUCCAGAUCUGACUAGCUUUCGCAACCGUAGUGGCAAGAUGAUCGUGACACAAGGCUGGACUGACCCUUUGAAUGCCGCUACCUGGCCCAUCGAGCAUCUCGAGCAGGUUGAGAACUUUCACAACGGCGAUGUAUCGUCUUUCCUAAACCUAUUCAUGGUGCCGGGUGGAGGACAUUGCGGUGCGGCCAGGUAUCAUCCGAGCGUGCCGGCGACAUAUCACACCGUCGCCGCACUAAUCAACUGGGUCGAGCGUGGGCAGAAGCCGAAUCAUGUAUUGAGCACAAACCCGCCUGAUGGAAGUGAUCGGACGAGGAAAUUGUGUCCAUGGCCUGCCACUACGCGAUAUGUGCAAGGUGAUCUGAACGAUUGGUCCAGCUAUGUGUGCGAAUAA